AUGGGGAUUAGCGGUCAGUCGCUUCACAUCAAACAUAAAACCAUACUAAAGAUUAGACCAUGGUUUUCGAAAGAGACGACAGUUGAGCGAGAAUUUUGGGUUUUGCCGAAAGAAGAUCAGUGGAGGCCAGCACAGAACUUGACAUGUAUGGUUAACGAUACAUCUCAAGAGCUGCCAUUGGCCGAUCCUGAUUAUUGGAAAGAGGGUCCAGUGGACCUGCUGCUAGGAUGCAAAUUCCUAUUAGCCAUGUUUGGAAAGAUGGACAGACGGACAGAUAGUGUGGUUUGUUUAAAAACCACUUUUGGAAAGAUAGUCUUAGGACAGCAGGGAGAGUUUCUCUCUGGGAAAGAAUUUGGACAGACAUACACAAUAGCUUUGAGUAACGAACAGUUACAUGAAGCACUAAAGAGAUUAUGGUUAUUAGACGAGAUUAAACCCUCGUUCACAAGAUCGAAAGAAGAAGAGCUGGUGGAACAAAAUUUCCAAAACACGUAUAGACGUGACAGUUCUGGAAAGUUUGUUGUAACGAUUCCUUUAAAGGAAUCAUGGAAAGACAUAGGCACUGCCGAGCUCAUAGCGAAGCGAAGGUUUUUUGCCUUGGAAAGAAAGUUGGAAAGAGAUGCUGAGCUGAAAGGGAAGUAUGUUGACUUCAUGAGAGAGUACGAAAGAUCUGGUCAUAUGACUCCUGUUGUUGAAAGGCGUCAUAACCAAACAAUUUAUCACAUUCCACACCAUUGCGUCACAAAGAAGUUCCAAGUGGUCUUUGCCGCCAGCUGUAAAACAACCAAUGGAAUAUCGUUGAACGAUGUUCAGAUGGUAGGAGAGAAACUACAAAUGGAUCUGCACAAUAUUCUAAUGCGUUUCAGAAGGCAUAGAGUUGCGAUUAGUGUAGACAUCAAGAUGAUGUUCCGAAUGGUAAAGAUUGCGAAAGAACAGUGGGACCUUCAAAGAAUUUAUUGGAGGGAAAGCCCAAAGGAAAGAUUAAGAGAAUACUGGCUCACGGUAGUCACGUAUGGAAUGGCAUCAUCGGCUCACAAUGCAGUGAGAGCCUUGGUGCAAUGUGCGAAAGAUAUGGAAUAG